UCAUAGCACAGAUCAUUUUGACCUACGUCGCGAAAGCACCCCAAGUGGAACGCCGGCGUGGCUGCUCUCGGGUUUCUCCCUGGUACUCGUAAUAUAUUCCCGAGAGUGAUCGGUUAGAUGGCGUUGAGGAAAAAGGAAAACAAGGAGGAUGCUGCACCUUGCAUUUAUAUCUUUAAAAUGACAAGGCACCCGCACGUUCUCCCGUAUUAUCCGAACGAGAAAUGAUUGUCGACAGUCCGGCUGGGAACUCGAGGGAGAAAGUUUGCACGGAAUAUUAUGCGGAAAUUCGGCUGACAAGAUGUGCCGUUACCUGCUCGAGUACUACUUAUUCCGCCUUUAUUUUCAAAGAUGUCGCCGUGCCGUGUCGAAAGUUAAAUUGGGAUACAUGCUGUUCUGCCUCGGCGCGAUAGCGCUACUGGAAUUUUUCGGAGCGUUUGUGCACCUGUUCGAGAUCACGUACGAUGAAAACUUUGUGUAUCCGUACGAGGGCAACGUGCACGAGUUCGUCAGCGCUCUGCGACGUAACGAGAAACCCGAGGUCGAGCCUAUAAACGAGUACAGAUACGCUUUUAUCUUGAAGCAGCCGCAAAAGUGUAAAGAAGACGCGGACGACGCGCUUCGUCUUGUGUAUAUAGUAAAGUCUGCUAUGGAGAAUUUUGAUAGGAGAACCGCUAUACGUAAUUCAUGGGGGAUUGAGAAGAGAUUCUUCGAUGUGCCAGCUAGGACUAUUUUUGUGGUGGGCACGCAUCCAGGUGACGAAGAGGUGGAGGCCAAACUAAAACUAGAGGCAGAUAUCUACAAGGACAUUGUACAGGCGGACUUCGUAGACUCGUAUUACAAUAAUACCAUAAAGACAAUGAUGAGUUUCAAGUGGUUGGUGAGGUACUGUAGCAACUCCAAGUUUUACAUGUUCGUCGACGACGAUAUGUACGUGUCGGUGAAAAAUGUGGCGACGUUCAUUAGAAACCCGGCCAACUAUCCAUUUUACCUAAUGGAAUCGAGAAAAGUGUACAGCGCGCACAAAAGGGAAAUCAAACGGUCGGACCUAAUGGAUUACAAUGACGCUAAUCUUGAUAAUAAAAGUGCGACGUACGACCCAAAAAUCAAAAUGUCUUUUGCGCACAGUUCCGCUGUUCACGGGUCUGCAAGUAAUAAUAGUCAGAAAAAUGACGCGCACGCGAGACAAGAUGGGCAGAUCGAGGAAGGGCCCAAGGUGGAAGAUGAACACUUGCUCAGGCUAAAUUCAUCUGCGUUGAGUAGAGUGAAACGACAGUUUUUCGAUUUGGAAUUGCCAGACGACAUUAGACUGUUUGCGGGAUUCGUGUUCACACGAUCUACGCCACAUCGGCAUAAAUUCUCGAAAUGGUACGUCACGCUAAAAGAAUACCCGUAUCAUUUGUGGCCACCUUACGUCACGGCCGGUGCGUACAUCCUGUCGAAGGAGGCUCUUUUGGACCUGUACUACACAAGCUUCUACACUAAACACUUCAGAUUCGACGACAUCUUUUUAGGUUUAGUAGCCAAGAAAGCUGAUAUAGUACCGUUUCAUUGCGAAGAGUUUCAUUUUUAUAAGAAAGCUUAUACAAAAUAUAGUUACAAGUACGUUAUAACAUCGCAUGGAUACGAAGAUCCGAACGAGCUCUUGCAAAUAUGGAACGAGCAGAAGGCUCUUGGAAACGCUUAAAUUUAUAAAAAUUAUAAAUUAAUUUAUAAAAACGAUGAAAAACUUCGAAAUAUAUAUUAUUAGUUCGUACAUACAUACGAAUUUAGAUAUGAUUUCCAUUUAAGAAUGGAAAACAAAGUGCAAUAGCAUAUCCUGACGAAAAUAUCUUCAAGAAGUUAUAAAAUACAAUUGAUAUACACAUGUAUAGAUAUGCAUACAUAUGAAAAAAAAGGUAAAAUAUGU